AUGAGGAUGGGGAGAUGCCACUACCUGGAGGCAGAAGAAGAAGCUGGUCAACAUUGUCUCUUGGACACUCAAACAGUUUACGUGAGCAGGACCAGACCCAGAAGGAACGUUGCUCUCUGGCCUGAGAAGCUACGGCGGAAUGUUGCUCCUGCAGUGUUGUUGCUCAGUGUUGUCGUGACUUGUGGCAUGCUGGGGACAUCGAGAGAUCGCAAGGAUUCCCUUGAAAGCGAAGGAGAGAUCGAGUAUGAGGUAGCCAGGGCUAAAGCCAAGAUAGCGUCUGAUGAGCUGGAAGUGAAGAACUCGCGAGAGAGAUUGAACGCCAUCGUCGCGCAGCUGGGAGGGGAUAAGGGGAAGUCAGGCUCGCAGAGGUCGACGGGGCUCGCAAGACUCCUCUAUGACAAGGCUGAAGAUUAUCGGCUGCAAGCUGAAGUGGAAGCAGCCUCAGUAGAAACAGCGAAGCUUCAUGGGAAAACCAUCACAAAGAAGGGGCAACAGCAAGCAGACAUUGUCGAGAACGACGAUCGCUUUUAUGCUGAUGCGUUGCGAAAAGCAGCGGCGAAGAGAGCGAAACUGCAUCCUGAACAGAAGCAGAUUCGCAUGUUUCUUCAGCAAUACAGGGACAAGGAUCAGCUUCUGCUGGGCAAGCUCCAUGAGGAGAACAAGCUGAAACAGGAAGAAGCUCUGCUGCGAGCUUCAGAAAAACGCCUCUAUGAUCUGGAGCAGAGGACGAGGAAGUUGCCGCAUGCGAACUCGAAGGUUGAGAAAGCAGAAGAAGAAGCCAUGGAGAUUGAGAAAUUGUUGAAGCAGAAAGCAAUUCACUAG